AUGGUUUCCGCCAAGAAGCACGUUCCCAUCGUGAAGAAGCGCACGAAGCGCUUCAACCGUCACCAGAGUGACCGGUUCAAGUGCCUCGAUCCCAGCUGGCGCAAGCCCAAGGGUAUCGACAACCGUGUCCGGAGACGCUUCCGUGGCACAAUGGCCAUGCCCUCGAUCGGCUACGGCUCCAACAAGAAGACCCGCUACAUGAUGCCCUCGGGCCACAAAUCCUUCCUCGUCAACAACGUCAAGGACGUCGAGCUCCUGAUGAUGCACAACCGAACAUACGCCGCCGAGAUCGCCUCGAGCGUCUCCUCCCGGAAGCGAAUCGACAUCAUCGCCCGCGCGAAGCAAUUAGGGGUCAAGGUCACAAACGCCAAGGCAAAGGUCACGACCGAGGUGUAA